CCCGAGUGGAUCGAACUGUUCAUAAUCUUGAUGAACGUACUGGAAAGUGGAAACCCAUAAAAAUAAAUAGAUAAAUAGACACUCGUCUUCUCUAUUUCGCGCGAAAAUAGGAAAAUUUUGUGGCAGUGUACGUGGAGAAGCCAUGGCUGCUGUUCAGUGUAUAUCUCUGCACAGCUCUUGUAAACCCUUUUGCUCCAAAUUGCCUCUCUCCCCUUCUUCACUCGCCCUUUCAAUCUCACCUACGAGUUUUUCCACUUACAGAACUUCCAGCUUAUUACCGACGGUCUCGAUUUCUAGGUCGAAUAGGGUAGUUCCGGCUGUGAUUACCGAAGAGAGUGCCGAUGGGGCGACUGUUUCUACCGCUGAUGCGUUUAAUCUAACUUAUCUGGAGGGAAAUAGUUGGUUGUGGGAAGUGGGCGGAUUGACCAUUUUGGUAGAUCCAGUUUUGGUUGGCAAUCUUGAUUUUGGUAUCUCAUGGCUGUAUGAGGCCUCCAAGAAGAUAUUGAAGAAUUUCCAGCUGAGUGAACUUCCUGAGGUUGACUGCUUACUAAUUACACAAAGCCUUGAUGAUCACUGCCAUUUGAAGACCUUGAGGCCUCUCUCUAAGAAGUCUCCAAAUCUAAAGGUCGUAGCAACUCCAAAUGCAAAGACAUUGUUGGAUCCACUUUUCAGCAAUGUCACUUAUCUAGAACCUCGUCAGAGUUCAGUUAUUGAAGCAAGAAAUGGUUCUCAAGUAGUCAUUAGAGCCACUGCUGGACCAGUUCUAGGUCCUCCAUGGCAACGUCCUGAGAAUGGGUAUCUUGUUAUUUCUCCCCAAGGCCAACUGACUCUUUAUUAUGAACCUCACUGCUCUUACAACAAGGAAUAUUUGGAGAAAGAAAGGGCUGAUAUUGUCAUCACACCAGUGAUAAAGCAGCUUCUGCCUAAUUUUACUCUGGUUUCGGGACAAGAAGAUGCAGUUCAACUUGCAAAGCUGCUGCAUGCAAAGUUCAUCGUGGCAAUGAAUAAUGGAGAUAUGGAUAGCAAAGGGUUUCUUGCAAAUUUAGUAAGUGCUGAAGGGACUAUUGGAUCAUUCAAGGAACUGUUAUCAAAGGAGCUGCCAGAGGCAGUGGUCCUGGAGCCUACUCCCGGUGUCCCGCUUAAUGUUUCCCCACCGUAGAUCUAGCGUGAGCGCUUGGUUUGUUGUCGUAAGAACUCAUUUUUUUAAAUGUAUAAAUUAUAUUGAUGAAGGAAUCUAAUGAAGCCUGUGUUCUUCAGCAUCAUUCAGGUACAUAAA